GGAAACGUGUUAAUUGUAGUAACUACCAUUGAUGUGUGUGCUUUGAAGCAUUCUGGACAUGCCUUGUAAAGUGUCAGGACUUCGCAGCAAAUCCAUCUCCGUGGCCCGCUGGCUGGAGAGCUCCCCAGAGCCCAUCUGUUGGGUGUGUUGUUGCACUGCUCCUGGCGCAGUGCGUGGGUCCCAGGGUGGGCUGGGGCUGCUCCUUCCAGCAGCAGGGCAGGUGGGGCUGUGCCAGCGGCUCUGGCGGCCUGCCUGCUGCGGCACACUGCCUGCUGCGGCCGCCGUGGCCUGGGCUGGCCUGCGCCCUCACAACCAUCCUCAUCUGUAGGACCAGCAGCUCCAGUGCAGCCUGUCUGCACAAAACCUCCACGCCAGCUCUGCCUCCCUCCAAGCUGUGCUCUUCCCUGGUGGUAUUUCCAAGCUCGUAUGAAGGAUGUUGAAGAGACUGUCUCACAUAAAGAUCUUGAAAGGCUGCAGGGACUUCUUUGCCAGUGAGAACUAAAGCAUGACUGCCAUCCAGGAAGUGAGUGGAUUUUUCCUUCCAUUUCCCUGAAAAACUUGCCAAAUUCCUGAGAAACAAAAUUUUUUUCUGAAGCUGUUGAAGCUCAUAUGAAGAGAGACUAGGACAUUUUCUUUAGCCCUGCAAAGCUACCUGGUAUUUGAAAUGCUGAAGAGGAAAUUACGGUUUUGCUACAACUCACGCUUCAGGCUUUUCUUGGGUCUAACUCUCAUUUUAGUAAUAAUUUCAGUUUUGAAAGUUAACCAGAAGGAAGACUUCCUAAACCGGAGACAUCUGGAGCUAACAAAAGAAGAUCCUAUUAGUGAUGUUAACUGCACCAAGAUUAUUGAGGGGGAUAUAGAAGAAAUACAAAAGGUACAGCUUGAGGCAUUAUCAGUGUCAUUUAAGAAGCGCCCCAGACUAACAACAGAUGAUUAUAUUAACAUGACUGCAGACUGUGCCUCCUUCACCAAAACUAGGAAAUACAUUAUGGAACCUCUCAGUAACGAAGAAGCAGAAUUUCCAAUUGCUUACUCAAUAGUGGUUUAUCACAAAAUUGAGAUGCUUGAUAGACUUCUAAGAUCAAUCUAUGCUCCACAGAAUUUUUACUGUAUUCAUGUAGACAAAAAGUCUCCAGAAUCCUUUUUUGCUGCUGUGAAGGGAAUAGUCUCAUGUUUUAAUAAUGUCUUUAUUUCCAGCCAGUUAGAGAGUGUGGUAUAUGCUUCGUGGAGCAGAGUGCAGGCAGACAUUAACUGCAUGAAAGAUCUCCAUAGAAGAAGUUCAGACUGGAAAUACCUAAUAAACCUAUGUGGUAUGGACUUUCCUAUAAAGACCAACAAGGAAAUAGUAGAGAAAUUAAAAGCCCUUAAGGGUGAAAACAGCUUGGAAACAGAAAAAAUGCCUGUUUACAAAGAAGUAAGGUGGAAGAAACACCAUGAGAUUAUUGAUGGUAAAAUAAAGAACACAGGCAUAGACAAACAACUACCACCUCUCAGUACUCCAGUUUUUUCUGGCAGUGCCUAUUUUGUAGUUAGCAGGAGCUUUGUAGAAUACGUACUAGAAAACAGCAAAAUACUGAAGUUCAUUGAGUGGGCGAAAGAUACUUACAGCCCAGAUGAGUACCUGUGGGCAACAAUUCAGAGAAUCCCUGAAGUCCCAGGCGCGUUUUCUUCCAGCGACAAGUACGACGUUUCCGACAUGAAUGCCCUGGCCAGGUUUGUCAAGUGGCAGUACUUUGAAGGUGAUGUGUCCAAAGGUGCGCCCUACCCACCGUGCAGUGGAGUUCACAUCCGCUCUGUGUGUGUUUUUGGAGUAGGGGACUUGAACUGGAUGCUACGGAACCACCACUUGUUUGCUAAUAAGUUUGACACUGAUGUCGACCCUUUUGCAGUGAAAUGCUUGGAAGAGUAUUUGCGACACAAAGCCCUGUAUCUGCAGAAGAACUGAGACGUGUGCUCCUGUUGGGAAACAUAAGUACAGAUACUCUACUGCUACGUACUUUAACGUGUUACAGCAGUCGUGGUGGUGCUGAUAAUGGGUAUAAUGACUCUCACCAUGUUGGUCUGGUGCUGCUCAUGCCCUGCCUCAUCCAUGGACAAGAGGGAGAAAACAUGUCUUGAGUAUGCCUUGUGGCACACUGAAGUUUGGAGCUUUAGGUAUAAAGUCAGCACGAAAGCCAACUAUUGGGAAUAUUUAUUAUCUAGAAGGUAUAAUUAAUGGACUUCCUUUGGUUAAACUGUUUUAAGGCAAAGAAAAUGCAUGUUGUUCAUGGUUAUUCUCAAAUUUUUUUUCCAUGAAUGUAAUGAAUGCUAACUGGAAGAAAAAGAUGAAGGUGUGGGGUACAAAGCAGCUGGACUGCACUUCAUACUAAAUACUAAAAGAUCUCAGGAAUAUAACAUUAGAAGUUAUCAAAAAACUAUGCAAAAGGGGAUAUGCACAGCCGGCUGUUAUCAUUUUACUUAGAUCUGUUUGCUGCAGUUCUGUUACAUGUAAUUCUUAAUCCUGCUGAAAAUUUUGUCUUCGGCAUGGAGUAUUAAAGAAUUCAAAUCUUUUGUAUUCUUAAAGCACCCUGAUAUUGUGAUAUGAAGUUUAUACACUAGUUUGUAAUUACAUCUUCUCAGGGAAACUUCAGUUUUGUGCCUGAUGAGAUUUAGACUUGUAAUUUUACAUUUCUUACUUUAUGGGGAGUUUUGCUUUUGUAUCCAAAAUUGAUGAAAUUUCUCAAAACUUAAAAGAACUGCAGUAGUGUCUAAAUAUUACUGGUGGAACUGCUGGUUUCUGCUUUCUGUCAAGCUCAACUUGCAUUCCAGAUUAUUUUAACACUAAGUAUGGAAAAAAUAAAAUUAUUUUUUUAAA